GCUGGCACUGCCGCAGGGCGGGCCCUGCUACCUAGCAACCGGGGGCGUCCUUCCCAGCGAGCUCUGCUAAAAUACGCUACGCACGGACUACGAGGCCCAGCGUGCCCCGCGCGGACUACAAGGCCCACAAUGCACCGUCCACCCCUUACUUGCCAGCCCCGCACUGUCCUCUUGAGACCCCGACCGGCGAGCGCACGACCCCUUCCCGGCGCUCCUCGCGCGGGUGACCUGGGUGUGCGUGGGGUCAAGGCGCCCGGCAGAGCGGCUCCGGCCUAAACGCCAUGCGGAGGAGCGAGCGCAGGGCUGCCGAGUGUCCGCGGCCGGGGUCCCCGGUGACCGCGGGCAAGGCUUCGCUGGAAGAAUCGCCCGAUGGCCUAGCGGAGGGGCCGGCCGUGGGCCGCCGCAGCACCGAAUCCGAGGUCUACGACGACGGCACCAACACCUUUUUCUGGCGAGCCCACACCUUGACUGUGCUCUUCAUCCUCACCUGUGCACUUGGCUAUGUGACACUGCUGGAAGAAACACCUCAGGACACAGCCUACAACACCAAGAGAGGUAUUGUGGCCAGUAUUUUGGUUUUCUUAUGUUUUGGAGUCACACAAGCUAAAGACGGGCCAUUUUCCAGACCUCAUCCAGCUUACUGGAGGUUUUGGCUGUGCGUUAGUGUGGUCUACGAACUGUUCCUCAUCUUUAUACUCUUCCAGACGGUGCAGGAUGGCCGGCAGUUUCUGAAAUACAUCGACCCCAGCCUGGGGGUCCCGCUACCCGAGAGGGAUUAUGGGGGAAACUGCCUCAUCUACGACACGGACAACAAGACGGAUCCCUUCCACAACGUCUGGGAUAAGCUGGACGGCUUCGUUCCCGCGCACUUUCUUGGCUGGUACCUGAAGACGCUGAUGAUCCGGGACUGGUGGAUGUGCAUGAUCGUGAGCGUGAUGUUCGAGUGCCUGGAGUACAGCCUGGAGCACCAGCUGCCCAACUUCAGCGAGUGCUGGUGGGACCACUGGAUCAUGGACGUGCUCGUCUGCAAUGGGCUGGGCAUCUACUGUGGCAUGAAGACCCUCGAGUGGCUGUCCCUGAAGACCUACAAGUGGCAGGGCCUCUGGAACAUUCCAACGUACAAGGGCAAGAUGAAGAGGAUUGCCUUCCAGUUCACACCCUACAGCUGGGUCCGCUUUGAGUGGAAGCCUGCCUCCAGCCUGCGCCGCUGGCUGGCCGUGUGCGGCAUCAUCUUGGUGUUUUUGCUGGCAGAGCUGAACACGUUCUACUUGAAGUUUGUGCUGUGGAUGCCACCAGAGCACUGCCUGGUCCUCCUGCGGCUCGUCUUCUUCGUGAAUGUGGGCGGCGUGGCCAUGCGGGAGAUCUAUGACUUCAUGGAUGACCCGAAGCCCCACAAGAAGUUGGGCCAGCAGGCCUGGCUGGUGGCAGCCAUCACCGUCACAGAGCUGCUUAUUGUCGUGAAGUACGACCCCCACACACUCACCCUGUCCCUGCCCUUCUACAUCUCCCAGUGCUGGACGCUUGGCUCCGUCCUGGUGCUCACCUGGACUGUCUGGCGCUUCUUCCUACGGGACAUCACCCUGAGAUAUAAGGAGACCCGGCGGCAAAAGCAGCAGAGCCCAGGCAGCCAGGACAGAGCUGUUGGCAAUGGGGACCAGCACCUGCCAGGGCUGGAUGAAGACCUGCUGGGGCCUGGAGUGACUGAGGGGAAGCAGGUGCCCACUCCACACUGACUAGUGCGUUCACCCCUGGAGCCUCCCGGAACCCGAGCCCCCAGGAACUGUUGCUUGGCCUCACCUCAAGGUCUUAUUUUCCUUUCUCCUGGGCACUCCACCCAGCAGGGAUUGAAGAGGGAUGAAGGAAGCCCCACCUGGCUUCGUCCCCAUUUGUGCAUGUGUGUAUGUGUGUGUAUAAACAUGUACACACGGUGUACACGUAUGUCCUUGGCUCCUGAGGCUUUUCCAGACCCAUGAGCUGGUGGCAUGGCCAGGGCAGCUGGUUCCUCUGGAGGGAGGGUCUCUGCUCCCUCCUGCCUGCUCAGCCCAGUGGCCUUGGGCCCGUUGGCCUCCCCAUCACCCAGCCCUGGCAUGGCAUAGCCCUGGGCGCCUUGUACCCUUAUCCCCCUUGGCCCCAGGUGCUUCAAGGUGGUCUGUCUGUGAAGGAGGCUUAGCCAUACUCUGGCUCGAAGCACUGAUCAGGUUUUCUCUGGUCUUCGUUUAAUAGACUAACUUGUUGGUAUGUGGGUGGGGUCAGAGAUCACUGGAUUGGCCCUUCCAGUUGCACUGAGUCAGAAACUCCAGGGGCCAGAGGACUGUAACUUGGUGCUGGGCUCAUGCAGUCUCUGUGACUCCGAGUUUGGGUCAUCCACAUGAACAAACAGAACAAAUAAAGUGGUGAUGAAGGUCCUAA